CCUCCUGCCUCCUCCCUCCUCCCCUCUCCUCCCUCCUCCUCCUCCCUCCUCCUCCUCGCAUUUCCCGGCUCGGUGCUGCUGCUGCUGCUCGUGGCUCCGCGGCAGAGCGCGGCCAUGGUGGACUCUCCCGGCGCGGCCAGGAAGAAGAACGCCUCCUCGGUGCCGGAGAUCAGGCCGCUUCACCAGUAUGACUUCAGCCGGGCCAAGAUCCGCGCCAGCGUCCGGUGGCUGCUGGCGAAAUCCUACGGCUCUGCAGAAAACGUUCCCGUGGAGCUCCGAGAGCCGCUUUACAAGGACCAGUACGAGCAAGAGCACCUCAAGCCGUCAGUCUGCAAGCUGCUCCUCUCCCCAGAGGUCUACUGCCGGGUGCAGGCCCUGCUGACGCAGGCUCAGGGGGCCUCGCUGCCCACGCCGCAGGGGCCCCCGGCAGACAACUCCGCCCUGCUGCAGCUCCUCACCAAGAAAGGCUUCGCUCCGAAGGUCCAGGACGCGGAUGUCACCGAAGAGGACCUUUGUUACAGCCCCAUCAAGACGAAAGCCCAUCUGGCCCUCAUCGACUCGCUCAUGUCGCUGGCUGCCAAGGAGACCGUGGGUCACGUCAAGAUGGCGGCGGAGGCGGAGCAGAUUGGUGUCGGGGCUCCAUGGGAGAACGCUCUGCUCUUCUGGGUCAACAGGUUAAACCAGAAAUUGAGAGAAAGUACAGAAGAAGAGGAAGAACCCCCCAAGUCAAAGACGUGCACAGACCUGCAGCCUCUUCAGGAAUCGUGUCAGUCCACCCGCUGGUACUGGAAGCUAGUCCCUCAUGCUAUCGCUUUUUGUUUGAAGGAAUCGGGGAAUAAGCCGCCAGUGAUCCGCUAUAGGAAGGACAAGGUCCAGUCCAAGCUGACUCCCACUUUUCCUCUGGUCUCGGCGGUCAAAGAUCUGUCGAACGGCUGCGCUGUCGCUGCUGUGUUGCAUUACUACUGCCCCGGCCUGCUGCCUCUCGAGGAUGUGUGUCUGAAGGACACGAUGUCAGUGGCUGACAGUGUCUACAACCUGCAGCUCAUCAAAGAGUUCUGCGCCAGCAGCUUACAGAGCUGCUGCCCCCUCGCCGUGGAAGACCUCCUCUACGCUCCACCGGCCCUACACCUAAACAUCAUGAGCUUCGUAGCGGAGCUGUUAGAGUGGUUCGAGGUGAAGAAGCCGGAUUUUAUCAAGCCAGUGCAACCCAUUGACCUGACAGAUGUCUCUGGAUUGCUUGACUGCACAAGUCCCGUCAGCGGGAACAGCAACAGCGGCUGUCCUUCUUUCAUCUUCAAACAACCUUUUGUGCCCAUCUCCUCCCCGGUUUCUCCAGAAAAUAAAAGCUGGACAAAGAAACAGAUCAGUCGUCCUCUGUCGGCAGUGACUUUCAGCAUUCCAUUUGGCCUGGACAGUGAUGUUGACAUUGUCAUGGGAAACCCAAUAGCUUCUGUCUUUCGCUCCGUCAGCACUGACAACCUCGCCACCGCCGUGCCCGCCAUGGCCUCGCCGGCAUCGGCGGCCGGGAUGACCCAUGUCCCGUACAGCCCCCCCGAGGACCUGAGCCACCUGGUCAGCGCGUCGGCGCCGCCGCGGCGCUCGUCCUGGGCUCCCUACUUGCACAACGCGCCGCUGGGAGACCUGCCCACCAUCGAGGAGGCGCUGCAGGCGGUCCCCACGCCGGGCGGCAAAGACCGGAAAAAGGGGCGGCCGGCUGAGAGAAGUGGGAAAGGAGUGCCGACGGGCAGGCCGGAGCCCAGGCUGCGCCCCGAGGGGGCGCCGGCGGGGUUUUUUCUGCACUGCCCCGAUGAGAAGGACCCCCCACUCAGCAGCUCGGCUCCCUGUCGCUCAGCGGGCCUCCACAGGCCGGUCGGCGGGGCGGGCGAGGAUGCGGAGAGGGCCGGCCGGAGGGACAGAGCGGGCCAGGGCGCCGACACAUCCCGCGAUGACGACUCGGUCCUACGGGACGGCAGCAUCGACUCCUCCGAGGCGUCGGACGACGCGCCGAGAAACGCGCCCGGCAACAUCCGGCCCGGUGGCGGCGGCCGCCCGGGAAACCACGGCACCCACGGCAGCCCGCGCAUGACCAGCUUCGCCGAGCGACGGGACAGCCGUAGGAGAAACCCCGCAGCUCCCGGCGAAGAGGCGGCCUCCUCCCCAACCCCGUCUACCCCGGGUACUCCGCACACUCCCUCCACGCCGGCCGGAGCCUCGGGUCACCAGGGAAGCCCGGGCCCACGAGGCCCCGAGCCGGGCUCCGAGGCCUGGGAGCUGGGAGCCCGCCUGGAGGAGAAACGCAAAAGCAUCGAGGCUCAGAAAAGACGCAUCGAGGCCAUUUUUGCCAAGCACAGACAGAGACUGGGAAAAACGGCUUUCCUUCAGCUGAAGAGAGAGAGAGGGGAAGGAGGACUGGAGGGAGCAGAGGAGGACGAGCUGACCCUGGAGGAGCGUCUCACUCACAUGGAAGAACAGCUUCAAAAGGCAGAGGAAAAAGAGGGGAAGGAGAACGAGACGGAGAAGCCACCCGCUUCCAACCCUCCUCGGUUGGAGAAGCAGGUCACGUUCUCCGUCGAAAGCAAGAGAGGAGCCGAGAAAGCGGGCGAAGCCGCCAUAGUGGAAUGUAACGAAGUGGUGCAGAAGCUGAGUGAAGCUCUGCAGGCCCUGCAGAAGGACAUGCAGAAGCUCACGGAGCAGCAGCAGCAGCUCAUGAGCAGCCCAAAACCCAGAAACGCUGCCAAAACCCCCCCACAGUCUGCGCCCAGAACCAGCACCAAAACCGCUCCCAAGACCCCCCCUCGCACCCCCACCAAAACCCCGCCCAGGACCCCGACCAGGACCCCUACCAGGAGCAACGGUAAAGCCUGGCUGAUUCCCACCGGGCCCGACCCCCCCCCCGCCUCCUCUCCGUCGCGGCGCUCUCACGUUCCUCCUUCUUCCACCUCCCCGAAAACCAUAAUGUCCUCCUCUUGCCCAGCUCCCCGAACUAAGAUUCACUCCUCCUCCAGUCCUCGCAGCCCCAAACGCGGCCCGCGGGCCCAGCCCCCGCCCCACCCGCGGCCCUCCGAGCUCAAGUUCCCUCCCCUGCACCGCGUCCUGGCGCCGGCCCACAACGUGGACACGCUCCCGCACCUGCGGCGCGUCUCUCCCAGCAAGUGUCAGGUCCAGACCUCCUCGUCCUUCCGCAUCGGCGGGCCCCGGACCCCCCAGGAGUCCCCUCGGCCCGCCCAGCGGCCGCCGCCGCCGGCGCCGGCCGACGAGGGCGCCUCAGACACGGGCUCCAGCGGAACGCCCACCCAGUUCAGCCUGGAGCUGGAGCAGGAGGACGGGGAGGCGGUGGGGGGGCUGCCGGUCUUCCCGCCGUUCAGGCCGGAGCCCCCGCGGGGGGGCAGCUCCGGCGCUCCCUCCGAGUGCUCCUUCGAGAGCGACACCUUGUCCCUGUCGGCGGCCUUCAGCGCGGGGGGGGCCGACGGGGGGAGGCUGGCCGGAAAGGCCUGCGGCCUCCUCGAGGCCUCGCUGUCGUCCGUCGGAGGGCCGCCGGGGGGCAGCGACGAGCCCACCGACGAGGGCCAGGAGUUUUCCUCGGACUCUAUGAGCGACCACACAGAAUCUGCCAGAGCAGCCUCCGCGGGGCCCCUGGAGCACAUGGACGUGUCCCCCGACCUGGCUGCGGAAGGCGGAGACCGGCCAGAACAGCUGACCGAACCCAAAGAGGAGAACAUGACACGCGCUGAGAUCCCUGAGCCAGGCAGAGAGCAGAAUGAGCCCGGGACCCGGGGAGGGAUCGGAUUCUUCUUCAAGGAGGAGGUUGGCAGUGAGGGGGAGAUGGCCCAGCGUAAAGCGCUGCUGCUGGAAAGACAGCAGAGGAGGACGGAAGAGUUGAAGAGGAGGAGACAGUGGCACGAGCAAGAAAGGGAAAACAGAUCGGCGUCCUCAGACAGGAGAGGAGCGUCUCCCUCCGGCACCCCCCCUGCGGGCAUGGCCUCGUCCUCCCCGACCCCCCCGGCGACCCCGGUCCGCCGCGACGAUUUCACCCGAGGGGAGUACGCACGGCGGCACCAGCUGCGCAUCAUGGAGGACCUGGACAAAGUCCUGCGCCAGAAGUCCGGCAGUCGGCCGGCGGCUAAAAAGGGCCGCUCACGGCCCCGCAGCAUGACCAGGGAGGAGAGACAGCUGUCUCUGAGUCCCGCCAAAGGAGCAGUCGGCUCCAAGUUGACUAAAGUCUACUCCCACUCCUCACUCAACCUGGCCGCCACAGAUGAGCCAGGAAACAGUGAUCAUGACACCACAAAGAAACCACAGAGCAGUCGUCUUGCUUCCCCUUCCCGAGGAGUGACAUCGACCAGACUGGCCAACCAGAAUGGAGACAAGGACUGGGAGUCUGGUUCCAAUGGAAACUCCCCCGCCCCAGAGUACACAGGUCCGAAACUCUUCAAAGAACCAAGCUUCAAGUCCAAUAAAUUCAUCAUUCACAACGCUCUCUCGCGCUGUUGUCUUGCCGGGAAGGUCAACGAGACGCAGAAAAACAAAAUCGUUGAGGAGAUGGAGAAGAGCCCAGCCAACCACUUCCUCAUUCUCUUCCGCGACUCCAGCUGUCAAUUCAGAGGCGUCUACACUAUGAGCGCCGACUCCCAGGAGCUGGUACGGCUGGCCGGUGUGGGCCCACGGACAGUUAGCGCCACUCAGGUGGAGUCCAUCUACAAAUACAGCUCAGACAGAAAGCAGUUUAGCGCCAUCCCCUCCAAAACCAUGGGCAUGAGUGUCGAUGCCUUCACUGUCCCCAGUCAUCUUUGGCAAGGAGGAGGAGGAGGAGGAGGAGGAGGGAGCAGGAGAGCGAGCAUUGUUAGUAAGAAGGUGACCGCUUCCAAGUGAUAGCCAGAAAGCAACAUCACACUAGUUCAUCAUCAAACAAAACACUAUAAUUACAAUGUAAUUACAGUGAAAGUAGUCAAACAGAGUAGUGCUCUGUUUAAUGUGCACACCCAUGGGUCCACAUGAGUGCACGUAAUCCACUUAGCUUCUCUUGUCUGCAGAUCUUUCUUAGAAAAUGUAAGAGAUCAUGUCUACUCCCCCUUUAUGUCCAAGAAAAGGUCAACUGCACAACUUUGAGAGUAGCCUCAUACAAAGGUUUUUUUUUGGGGGGGGGAGGGGGCGGUUGUUAAUUACACAGAGGGGUACCUCACACGGAUUAUAUACUUUAAUUGUUUGAAGUACAAGUUGAAACUUUUCUUUUAAAGAAACUACAACACCAAUCAGUUGUGCAUUGGAAACAAAAAAACAAAAAAAAGCGGCAUUCACAGACUGCCCAGUUCGCCUCCCUCUUUGGUCCUUCAGCUGAACCGCUGUUUUAUACUAGAAGCCAAACAAGUGAGAAAUUGCCUUUGUUUAUUUUCUACCAACAAAUGUAAGUAUGUGGAUGAAAGCACAUUGGUUUUGCGAAAUGAGACAUAGCCAUAAAUACAUGAAGUAUGUAUCCUUUUGUCAGGCAUUUCAAAGGUUUUGCUUUUUGAAUUAGCAUAUUUGUGAUUGAUUGAUUGAUCGAUCGAUCAGUUGACUGUUUACUGUGUGUGAUAUAAGCUCAUUUAAAACAGUAUCACAGUGAAAACGUGUAGUUUGAAUUAUAUGAUGGUAUGUGGGCAUUGGAUGCUAAUUUAAUUGAAUACCUUUUGUACAAUGACAUCCAAGCAACAAGCGAAUGACGUGCGACAACAUGCUUAAAAUGAAACACCACUGGACUGUCACGCUGCUGAGUAGGAAUGGGUGCCGAUAGCUUCUUCCAUUUCUGUAAUGUCUUAAAAGUCUACUGCAACUGAAUCCCCAAAUUCUGGUGACUUUCGCUGAGGAAAUGCGUGGCGUUCGGUGGUCCAACACGAGCUAACUCAGGGAAAUGGUUGUGAACUACACUGCAUAAAAGAACAGCAUAGAAAAAUACUUAAAUGAUAGAUUUAAGUAAAUGUCAAGUGUCAGUUACUGAUAUGUUUGAUUUGUUUGCUUAGAGGCACUUGGGCUUCCUGCUCUCUUAUGGAAAGAGAAUUUUUGAUCAAGAGGUUUCAGGAGUGAACGCGUGCAACAAUUAAACAUCAAACUAAGGAAAGCUCAGAUUUUCUUCACAAACCGUCUUAAAAGGCUGAAUUAGAGAUUCUGCAGAAUUAAAAAAAGCCGACUUCAGAUUUGCCUGAAUGCUAUUUUAGCCCAUUCCCACUUUUGAUCAAGUGCAGGUUCCUAAAAGGUGUGUCUCAGACCAGUGUAUAUGUAUGGAAUGACAAACUGGAUUAAACUUAAAUGAUCUGAUCAGG